UAGGUGAUGCUCUGAGGUCACCGGUGGGUGGGCAGCUGCCACGCAGCCCGGUUUUAACCUUCACAUGUUCCCAUCACCCGGCGACAAGUAUUUUAUCAGAGGUUCUUUUCCCAUUUUAUCGGGUAUCGCGGUCACCCGGCAACUCAUCACCCCAUUCCGUCACGCGAACAUUAAAAACGACCAUCGCCCAUUAACACAUCAUUGGGCAGAACACAGCUCCCAGUUCUACUGCCUGCGGAUCAUUUUUCUCGCGGCCGAUUGAAACAUUGCACCUCCCGACCAGUCUUCAUCAGAUCACAAAGCAACGAUGUCUUACGCCGAAGUAGCUUCUAAAGGUCCCAAGCAGUCUCCCGAGGAGGCCGCCGCCCCCCAGCCGCCGCAAGUGCAGCAAACCACGGCCUCGUCCACGGGCUCGCUGGUAGACGUCGACACACCCUCGGUGCACACGGUACCCUCGGACUACGCAUCGCAAGAGGUCAAAACGGAAACCCAGGCGGGGCGUAUCGAGCGCGAAGAGGUGGCCCAAGAGGAGGCCGAGGCCCGCGCCCACGCCGAGGCCGAUCUCGCCAAGAAGAAGGCCCGCGGUGGCGCCGGCGCCAGGGCCCGCCGUGCCGAGAGCUGGCUCGCCAAGCACUUUGAGACGGUCGGCGAGGGCGGCGCCGCCGGCGCGCUGGCUCUCGCCAACAUUAUGGCGGUCGUCGGUCUGAGCGGCUGGCUGGGCUUCAAGGCCUGGGGCUUGUACGACCGCGGCACGCUGGGCUGGAAGGAGGCAGGUAUCGGGCUUGGCGUCCUCGGGGCUGUUGGCGUGGCAGAAGGAUUCUUUCUAAACUACCUCUCUCAAACCAAGGGCAAACAGCAAUAAGCGCGCGGCAGGCUGGCCCUCGUCGACGAGGCGUUCACGAGAUAGCAGCAAGAUGGAUCACCUCGAAUUUUUGACUCGGUUGGCCGGCAAAGUUUCGGUUCGGCGGCACGGAUAACCGGUUCCCUUCUCACAUU